AUGGCUGACUCGGCGGUCGACAUUGAUGCUCACGAAGGAGGCGGGGGAGGCGGCGCGCUCCAGACGGCCAAGGACUUAUUCUCGGGCGCCGCGGGGGGUAUUGCCCAAGUCUUGAUAGGCCAGCCCUUCGACAUUGUCAAGGUGCGCCUGCAGACAUCCAACGCAUACCCGUCGGCGGCAGCAGCGGCAGCGUCCAUUUGGAAGAACGAGGGCCCGCUGGCCUUUUACAAGGGCACGCUGACACCGCUGCUGGGCAUCGGAGCCUGUGUGUCAAUCCAAUUCGGUGCGUUCCACUCGGCACGGCGGUGGCUGGAACAGCGCAAAGCAGGCUUCGUUCCGGGCGUCAGCACGCUUGGCUACGGAGAAUACUACGCGGCGGGAGCGUUUGCUGGCGUGGCCAACAGCGUCAUCUCGGGGCCCAUCGAGCACGUGCGCAUUCGCCUUCAGACACAACCGCACGGGGCCGGGCGGCUAUACACGGGGCCGUUGGACUGCGUUCGGAAACUCGUGGCGGCCGACGGCGGCGGCGUCAUGCGUGGCCUGUACCGGGGUGAGGCCGUGACAGUGAUGCGCGAGGCACAAGCGUACGGCGUUUGGUUCUUGGCGUUUGAGUGGCUCAUGAACGCCGACGCGGCGCGAAACAAGAUCGCGCGCAAGGACGUGCCCAGCUACAAGGUCGCUCUGUACGGUGGGCUGGCUGGUGAGGCUCUCUGGCUGGCCAGUUAUCCUUUUGACGUAGUCAAGAGCAAGAUGCAGACAGACGGUUUCGGCGCUAAUCAGCGCUACAAGACGAUGCGCGAUUGCUUCUCCCAAACCUGGCGCGCCGAGGGAGCACGUGGCUUCUGGAAGGGCAUAGGCCCUACGCUACUACGGGCCAUGCCCGUGAGCGCCGGGACCUUCGCCGUCGUGGAGAUGACGAUGCGGGCCAUCAACUGA